UAUGUCGGUUUAGAUUUGAAAUUUGUUUAUAAAAUUUGAAACAAAAAACCUACCAAUUUUCGUCGUUUUUUCGAUAGGAUUUUAGCGUAGAAAGGAAACUUCUAGCAUUGAAAGCAUUAUGCCUGCAAGGAAGAAGCGUGCGGGGACGAGACAGGCGAAAACCAAACGAGAUAAUAGGCCAAAGUUACCCGAAGGAGAUUUCAACACAUCGAUUAGUAAUGAGGAACAAAAAAGCAAGUUGGAUAACUACAUCAUAGAUUACAAGCUUCAAGUUGCAUGUAAAAUAGACAAGAUGAGAAAGUCUAUUCAAACCAUGAGAGGACUUAUUGCAAAUUGCUAUAGAAAUGGUGUAGUUGGUUUAGUCAAGUGGGUCAAAGACAUGCCAAUGGAGGAGUUUCUCAGAAGAGGAGGAAGUGUUGAUUUAAUUGUGAAUACUGAGGUUCAUGCAAGUUUGAAUGAAAUGGCGAACAACCCAAGAACCAUUUUGGGUGCAUCAAAAAAUAGCAGACCACCUUUGCCAAACGUAUCAAACAAUGUUUCAGGUUCAAUUUCAGACCAGACACAGUCCUUAAACAUGACAGCAAGCAAUGUUCAAACAGCUGGUAAAUCAACUCGCAAAAAAAAGUUGAAACCAGAGAAUUCGGCACCGCCAACUGCAACUCGAACCAGUCGCCGUCUUCAAGCAAAAUCAGCCUCGUUCAACAACGAGGUUACGCCUAUGACAAGCACCAGCACUCUCAGCGUCAUAAACCAUUCCAUGUUUGUCACACCUAAGUUUGACCCCAGGUUACCAAUUCCUAAGACAGCAAGAGAACCUAAAGCGGGUGAAAGCGUGAUGUCAUUGGCCGGCUCGCCGCUGAACUAUAAUAAUUCUAAGCCCGUUACUGGAGUGUCUGCUCCACAGAUCAUAAUCCCUCUAACUGGUGGAAAGGUCAUGCAGCUAAAUAUGGAUGGGAAAUUAUCCAUGGGCGAUCAGGAGGUCGAGGUUGUUAACGACAGCGUGGCUCAGCAAAACAUACGACUUCUGCAGGAGAAACUUUCGAAGCUGAUGAAAAUGCCGAGCGAGGAAAUGGAGUAGUUUCAUGAAACAAGCAAGUUACGUAUGACAACUUAUAAAGUAGCUACUAAACAUACACUAAGGGUGAAUUGCACGCGCAGGGGGGGGGUGCGUUUAAUGCGUUUAAGUGAAUUGCACGGGGGGUGAUGCACCGACGAAAGUUGCACGGGGGGUACUAUUCGGAAAUUAUGUUCAUUGCGAUACAGAACUGUUCGGAAAAGAUAAAAAAGACUAAAUAUCGUAAAGCUGCGCUCGUUCUGAUAAACUGAAAAAAGACAACUGAAAUGGCUGAAAUAUCUCAGCCGUUAACGAUUCCAUAAUGUGGUUGUUUCUGAUCUUCCUGUUUAGAUCAAAAGCAGUCCGUAGUGCGAUUUGUCACUGCGACGCAUUAUAUGCAAAUUUUUACACAUGCUGUUGUCUUCAUACAACCAAGCCCAGUUUUUGGUGCAAUUAAGUUUUAUGUCAAUAGUCGCACCAAAAUAAGGGCCAAGAAGACAAUUGUAUGAAAUUGAAGCCUUCCCCUGACCGAUUACAGCGGGAUAUGCACUUUAUUCGGCCCUGAGGUGGCCGAGAUUUUUUUUUAUGAAACGUGACAUUUUUUCGUGGUAAAUCGCUUUCAAUUUUUUGGUGAACUCUGUAUCGUCUCUGGAUAAUAUCGAUAAUCGGUUUCAUUUUUUGAAGCAUUGCCUCUGGUAUAGAACUUAGGAGGUGUUGCUAUAUUGUUCCUUUCCUAUAGCCUCUCCCCGUUGGGGCUGUAUCUGUAUAUAUACAUAUUCUGAUAAACGGUGACAAUUGUUUAAAAACACAUAUAGUAGAAUUGAAAUUCGUUAAGUAUCUUGCGUAUAAAGUUCAGGAUAGCUGUACAGUAAACGAGUCUUCAGGCGAUGCAAUGCAUUUUAUAUAAAUAAAGUUUUGUGAAUAA